AGUACCCAAAGUAGCAUGUGGAUUAUAAUCUUAUUUGUCUUGGUUACUCAAGGUACUACCCUUGGUGAAGAAUGUCGAAAAAGGGAUUACGGCAACGGUGGACAUGUCUGUGUUUGUACUUCAAAGCACUGUGACACUGUUUCAUAUCCAGAGAGAGUAGAACAACCUGAAUUUCUCAUUUACACCUCCAACAAAGCAGGCUUAAGAUUUCACAAGUCGAGUGGUACUUUCACUAAAACAAGUCAAGUGUUUGAUAAUCAAAUUCUUAUUAACGCCAAUGAAAAGUACCAAACUUUGUUAGGAUGGGGUGGAGCCUUUACUGACGCUACUGGAAUAAAUAUCGAUUCAUUAGAUGAGGACGCCCAAACAAAACUUCUAGAAACGUACUUUUCCGAAGAUGGUAUAGAGUAUAGUUUAUGUAGAGUCCCGAUUGGAGGUACUGACUUUUCUGAACGCGGCUAUUCCUACGCUGAUGGACGUACUGAUGAAAAAUUGGCACACUUCCGGUUGGCUCCAGAAGAUUUUCAAUACAAAAUUCCAUUUAUCAAAAAAGCUCAAGAUAUAAGCAAGGGCAAAUUACAACUUUUCGCUUCGGCCUGGACUGCACCGAAAUGGAUGAAAACAAAUGGGGAAUAUGCCGGAUUUGGUUUUUUAAAAGAUAAUAUGUUUCAAGCGUGGGCUAACUAUUUUAUCAAAUUUUUGGAAAAUUAUAAAUCGCAGGGGAUACAAUUUUGGGGGUUGACAACAGGAAAUGAACCAAGUUUAGGCAUUACACCCUUCAGCAAAAUUAAUUCUGUCGGAUGGACACCUGUAAUGAUGUCACAUUGGAUCAGAAAUAAUUUAGGACCAACAAUUCGAAAUUCAAGUUUCGCCGACAUCAAACUCAUCACUCUCGACGACCAAAGAUUUUUUCUUCCCUGGUUUACUAAUAUUGUUUUUAGAAACAAAGCUACCAAAAAUUACAUCGACGGCAUUGCUGUCCACUGGUAUUAUGACAGCGUAUUUCCCGCAAGUUUAUUAAAACAAACGCAUGAUAAUUUCCCUGAAAAAUUUUUGUUGGCUACCGAAGCUUGCCGAGGUGAAAAAUUAAGUGAGAAAGACGUCAGUUUAGGAUCGUGGGAACGUGGAGAAAGCUAUGCUUUUGACAUUAUUGAGGAUGUUACGAACUGGGUCAGUGGUUGGGUCGACUGGAAUAUGGCCCUGGAUUUGAAAGGCGGACCAACAUAUAUUAAAAAUUACGUAGAUUCGCCAAUCAUUGUUAAUUCUACAGCCGGUGAAUUUUACAAACAACCCAUGUUUUAUAGUUUAGGGCAUUUCUCAAAAUUUGUCCCAAAAGAGUCUAUACGAAUUGGAUCGACUGGUUUUGAUGAUCAUAUUCCAGUUGCAGCGUUCCAAAGACCGGAUCACUGUAUUGUCGUAGUAAUUUUAAACAAGAAAGACCACGUAGUGCCAGUCACGUUAGUCGACGAUUCUAAAGGUAGUGUCCAAAUAGAACUCAGUAAAAAGUCGAUAACGACUGUUUUGUAUUGGUAAUUGCUUUGUACAAAUUUGUUUUAAUAAAAAGUUUAAAAACGCAA